CUUGGGCACUGAAGUAGCUGAAAUGAGAAAGAGGCAGCAGUCACAAAAUGAAGGAACAUCAGCUGUGUCUCAAGCACCUGGAAACCAAAGGCCCAACAACACAUGUUGCUUUUGUUGGUGCUGUUGCUGCAGCUGUUCAUGCCUCACUGUUAGGAAUGAAGACAGAGGAGACAAUGCAGGAAGGCCAACGCAUACGACCAAACUGGAGAGUAUCCAAGUCAUAGAAGAAUGCCAAAACCCUACUGCAGAUGAAAUUUUGUCUUGGGCUCAGAAUUUUGACAAGAUGAUGAAAACACCAGCUGGGAGGAACCUUUUCAGAGAGUUUCUUAGAACAGAGUAUAGUGAGGAGAACCUGCUUUUCUGGCUUGCAUGUGAAGAUCUAAAGAAGGAACAGAACAAGAAAGUUAUUGAAGAAAAAGCAAGACUUAUAUAUGAAGAUUACAUUUCUAUACUAUCACCAAAAGAGGUUAGUCUUGAUUCCCGGGUGAGAGAAGUGAUCAACAGAAACUUGUUGGAUCCCAGCCCUCACAUGUAUGAAGAUGCCCAGCUCCAGAUAUACACCCUAAUGCACAGAGACUCUUUUCCAAGGUUUUUGAACUCUCAGAUUUAUAAGUCUCUUGUUGAAAGUAUUACAGGCUCUACUUCUGAAACUUAGUUUUUAAUUUUCAAACAAAAUAACUUGUUUUUUUUUUGGGUGGGUGGGAUGGAAGAAAAGUAGUUUAAUAACAUCUGGAGCUGGGUUCCUGGAGAACUACAGUUUAGCACUACUCAGGCUACUGUGAAGAAAACAAAUACAUAUUAUGAUCUCUGUCUACAUUUUUACCAAGGUCCUCCUUGCUCAAGAUGGCAUGGGAGGGGAAGAAUGGAUUUGCCAAAAUACAUUUGUUUCACACUCCUUUCACCCUACUGCAGUCAAGAUUGCAAUGAUGUAUUUGUAGUUUUAUGAACAGUCUCCUUGUGUAUCCUCACAUUGCAUGUGCAAGGUAAAACUGCUUCACUUACCACUUAGUUGUUGCAAUAUUUAAUCCAAUAACAUAAAUUAUAUCUGUAUUUAAGGACUUUUUUUGUGCAAUACAGUCCUAUGGUACAUAGAUACAAUUGCAGCAAACCAGAAAGAGGCUUGCAUUUUUUAACAUCACUAACUGAAAAAAGCCAAUUUUUAAGGUGUAGCAUUACUCAACAUCCUCUACUGAGUACAGUACGCUGACUUUUUGAAGCCAAUAUUUCUGUACAGAGAAAAAGAGCUAUUUAUCACUGUUUAUUUAAAAUAAAUCAAGUGGAGGAUUUCUCUGGUUGUUCACUGCCAAAACUGUGGCAUUUUCAUUACAGAGUUUGCAAUGUCAAAAAAAAAAAAAAAAGAAAAGAAAAAAAAGCACAAAUUACUUAAAGGGAUCCAUAUCUGGGUGACAAAAUCUAUGCGCUGAUAUUGUUAAAUUGUUAAAAGAACAAAGAUUUUCAAUGUACAUUUCAGAUGUCAGAUACUGUAAUUGAUUUAUUAAAGACUGGCUAUCCAGUUCUAACACUGUUGUAUAAUGUAUGUACUUCAGCAAAAAACAAAACAAAAAAACAACACAAAGAGCUUGAUAAUUUAGUUUUUUGAAUAAAGAAAUUUAAUAAAAGAUUGCCUACAUGUAGCAUUUUAGAGCAUUUUAGAACCUUUUGAUGAAUUGCAUCUGUCCUGUAAGAUUUUUUUUUGAAAGCUAAAUCUGGUAAAAAAUGUUUUUAAACAAAGUAAUGUUUUACGAGGUGGCGGGUUAAAGAAGACUUAGCUUCUAGCCUCAUUGAUUUUGAAUAACUCCUUGAAAACAAGGGGUUUGGAGAGUAAUACUAAACCAAACUUCAAGGGCUCCUAAACCUACAGAUCUUACCCAAGCAAAAUGCCUAUGGAAAUGCAAUGGGUGUCUUUCCUGGGUAAAGAAUCCUGUACUGAGCCCUUAAUCAGAGGUAAGGCAGCAUAGUACUCCCAUCACUUGGCUGCCAUGGUGUUUUUAAUAGGUGUUUGCUUGGCCUUUUUAUCAAAAAAAUGUCCCAUUUCAGGACACAUUUUGAUGUUUAAAGAGACAGUGACUUGGAACUUCAAAAAACCUAUCCUCAUACCUACCAUACACAAGCAAAAUGAGCAUUAGCAUCUCUCAUAAACUGCUAAAGAUAUACCAAGAAAUGUCUUUGAAUACUUGCUAAAUACAUAUAUGUACAUAUGUGUGUAUAUAUAUAUAUAUAUA